AUGGCUACAGAUAGGUAUCAAUUAAAUCCUUUUACAAAUAAUACAGCAACUACAUUAAAGAAUCCAACAACAACAAAUCAAAUAUCAACUCAAUAUCAAAUAAAACAAAAACAAAUUCAAACAAAAAAGAAUCAAUUUCAACGAUUUGGAAUUACUGUUGCUGGAGGAAAUGGAUAUGGACAAGAGUUAAAUCAACUGUAUUGGCCUGAAGGGAUGAUUAUUGAUAAUAAAAAAUCAAUUUAUAUUGCUGAUUCUCGGAAUAGUCGUAUUGUUAAAUGGCAAUUGAAUUCAAAUAUUGGUGAAAUCAUUACGGGUGAAAAUGUACAAGGAAAUCGAAAUAAUCCAUUGUGUAAGCCAACAGAUAUGAUUUUUGAUAAAGAAAAUAACUCUUUUAUUAUUUCUGAUACGGGAAACAGACGAGUAGUUCGAUAUUUUAAUCAAAAUCUAACAAAUCAACAAAUUAUUAUUUCAAAUAUUAACUGUGCGGGUUUAACAAUCGACAUAAAUGGAUUUAUUUAUGUUUCUGAUUAUUGGAAUCAUGAAGUAAGACGAUGGAAACAAGGAAAUAAAAAAGGUAAAUUAGUUGCAGGUGGAAAUGGUAAAGGAAAUCAUCUUAAUCAACUUAAUCAUCCUACUAAUAUCUUUAUUGAUAAAGAUUAUUCUCUUUAUAUAUCAGAUUGGGGAAACCAUCGUGUAAUGAAAUGGAAAAAAGAUGCUAAAGAAGGAAUCAUUGUUGCUGGUGGAAAUAGCCAAGGAAAUAGUCUCAAACAAUUGUAUCAUCCUCAAGGAGUCUUUGUAGAUCAUUUGGAUCAAAUCUAUGUGGCAGAUUCUUGGAAUCAUCGAGUAAUGCGUUGGUGUGAAGGAAAAGAAGAAGGUGAAAUUGUUGUUGGCGGAAAUGGAAGAGGAAAACAGCCAAAUCAAUUGGAUCGUCCUAUGAGUGUAGCAUUCGAUAAUGAAGAAAAUCUUUAUGUUGUUGAUCAUGAAAAUCAUCGAGUCCAAAAAUAUGAAAAAAAUUAA